UUGAUUUGAAGAUGAAAAAAUAAAAAGAAAGAAAAAAAAGAGGAAAGAAACCUCUCUCUCUCUCUCUCUUUCAGGGGCAGUGAUUAAAGCGUGCCCUCUGUCAGGUUCACGGCCACCUUGUUCCUUUCGCCGCGCGCGACCGCGUGCGACGCGUGAGCGCGCGUUGGCGUGCGUGCGUGCGCGCGCCCGGCCGCCCGCGCCCGUUCGCUCUCGCUCUGCUGUUGCUGCCCUUUGAUCCCUGCAUUAGUGUUAGUUAGGGGCUCGAGACGCGCGCGCGCACUCACACACGGAGAGAGAGAGAAAAAAAGAGAGAGAGAGUGAGAGAGAGGAGAGGAGAGCGGCCACAGGCAAGACACGGCGACUACAACAACAGCACCUCCUCCUGCUGUACCGCUCCCAACACACACACACACACACACACACACACACACACACUCGGAGCGCAGGCGAAGACGGCCAGGUGCACGCGGCGAGUCCCCCCGCCAUCGAGCUCGCUCCCGCGCCACAUUUCCAUGGCGAAGGACCUUUCCGCUUCUCGCGCCUGAGACCCACCAGGAGGAGAACGAGAAGUAGAAGAUAAGGAGGAGGAGGAGAAGGAGGAAAAGAAGAAUGUGAAAGAUCAAGAAGACCAAGACGACCGAGAAGAAGUAGUAGUAGAAGAAGGGUUUUGUUUUUUCUUUAAAAAAAUGCCCAGGAGGAAGCAGGAGCAGCCGAAGCGCCUUCCUUCUCAUGCAGAGCCAGCUGAGGAUGGGGCGCUAGCGGGCAGCUCGGUUGUGGAGGAUGGCUGGUUUGAGAACAACUCCGACAGUCCUUCCACAUCGUCCUAUGGAGACGUGCAGGAUGACCUGCGGGUAUCUCCAGAGGACAGGGCACAGCCGGACCGCGCCACCUUGGCCGGGAGCCCACCGGUCUGCGCUACGCCUACCCAACGGGUAUCGCUGGAGCUGCUGGGCCUGGACGCACGCACUUUGUCCACACAAGACAUGUCCCUGGUGUCUUCUGUGUCACUGUCAUCGAUGGUUUCCUCGUUGUACGGUGAUUCGGCUCAUAGCCUCUCCAAACCACUUAGCAGCAACUUGCGCAGGCUCCUGGAGUCCGGCUCGGUGAAGCUGGAAUCGGCAGAGCUGAUUGGACGAGGUUUGGGCCGAGGGACAGAGUCUCCACCUGCAGGCCUAGCACUGUCUCCGUCCUCUCAUCAUGCCCAGCAGCUCAGUGCGCUUGCACGCAGACUGGCCAACAGCAGUAACAACGGCGUUAGCUCCGCCUCCACCUCUCCUGCCUCGGUACCUGUGGUAAAGCAAGAGCCUGGAGACCCGUUCGGACCGGCCGAGCCUGCCAGUUCGGGCAGCACCGGCUUUGUUUGGGUGGGGAUGGCAGAUAAAUGGCCGCCAACCGGAAGCCUGUCUCCCGAUUCGGCAAUUCAGAAACUGAAAGCAGCAGCCAACGCUGUUCUCCAGGACAAGAACUCCACCUCGUCAUCGUCCUCCUCAUCCUCUUCCUCAGUCACCUCCUCCUCAUCUUCCUCCUCCUCUUCCUCCUCGGUGCCACCUCUCGGUGUGCGUUCGGACGACUCUGUCCGCUUCGACUCCUUCGCAUCGCCCUUCAGCUCGCAGUCCGCCAGCUCCACCCUCGCCGCCCUCUCAAAGAAAGUGUCUGAGAGAAGCCAGCAGCAGCAGGCGCCCUCAGCCGGCCCUUUUCUCUCUCUCGUCUCCAUGACCUCAUCAGCAGCGCUGCUCAAAGAGGUGGCCGCUCGGGCCGCUGGCAACAUGCUGGCCGACAAAAAGGAGCCGCAGCUGGCGACAGCCAACAACGAGGACUCGAAACCGCAGUUAGACAGGAACCACAAGGCCCCGACGCCCAACCAGAGCAUGGAGCUUCUGCUGCCCACUACCCCCAAGGGACGUGCCAAGCCCAGCAGCCAAGCAGGUUCACCGGAGGACGGCGGGAAGCCCUUCCAGUGUCCCGUGUGCGGCCUGGUCAUCAAACGCAAGAGCUAUUGGAAGAGACACAUGGUGAUUCACACGGGUCUGAAAAGCCACCAGUGCCCUCUGUGUCCCUUCCGCUGCGCUCGCAAAGACAAUCUCAAGUCACACAUGAAGUGCACUGUGUGGCCAAAAGUUUGUGGACACCUGAACAUAAGAUUGGUGCACCAGCACCAGGACCGGGGCGAGACGUUCCAGUGUGAGCUGUGUCCCUUCACCUCAUCGCGCCACUUCAGCUUGAAGCUGCACAUGCGCUGUCACCAGCACUUCCCCCGGACCGAGCUCAAGGUCAAAGAGGAGCCGUGCACCGACGCCGAGGAGGGCGAGGGCGAGCACGCCUCGGUCACGGGCACCUCUCCGUCUCCCGCUCUGUGCCAGACGCCGGGCGAAGCCUCUUCCAAUCACGCACACAUCAAAGAGGAGCCUCAGGACGUUGCCCUCACGCCGCCAUUCCCGCCUGGCCGAGAGCGACCAGGCAGCAGUAGCAGCUCGUUGGAUCUGCCCAGGAUCAGCGCCAGUCCACCAGGGCCAGGCUCGGCAACCCCGGCGGCCUCGCUCUUCAGCCCGGACAUUAGCACCAAGACGGCCACAGACCUCCUCAUGAAGCUCUCUGCGGCAAACCAAAAGGAGGCGCUGAAGAGCGGGUUCUGUGUGAAAGAGGAGCCCGAGGCGGAGGAGGCGUCGAGUCCGGCGAGGUGUCCGGCAUUUAGCCUGGGCCAUGACGCCCCCGCAGUGCCCGGGAGGCCGCGCCAAGAGGGCAGCAUCCUCAGCCACGACAUCAACGUGAAGGUGGCGUCCGAGCUGCUAAUGAAACUCUCAGAGAACAGCAAAGACACCUGUCUCCAGAAAGUAACAGUAAAGGCGGAGCCCAUGGAGGUGGACCCACCUUCGGAAGUGGCCCCGCCCCCUUCGCACCUGCUAGGUUUCAGCACUUUAGGGGUAUGCGAGAAGAAGGAGCCAAUGGCUGGACUUCCAGAGCCUCUGCCCCGCCCCAACAAAGACCUCUUCUCCCAGGACAUAUCGGUCAAAAUGGCCUCUGAGCUGCUCUUCAAACUGUCUGAAAAAGUAAGCAAAGCUAACGAAAAUAAAGACGGCACAUCGUUUGGCAUGACCAGCCCUUUUCUGGACGACCGCUUUAGACAAUCGCCCUUCAGCACCCGCUCCAAGAGCUCUUCCCCGGCCGAGGCCAGCUCCUCUGCCCGAGCCUCCCAACAAGAUUCAGAGAAACCGCUGUGCAAGACAGGAAACGGUCUGUCGCAGUGGAGACUCAACGAGCAGCUCUUCCCCUGUCCGGUGUGUGGUAAAGUGUUCGGUCGCCAGCAAACUCUCUCCAGACACCUUUCCUUACACACAGAGGACAGGAAAUAUAAGUGUCACCUGUGCCCAUAUGCGGCGAAGUGCCGUGCCAACCUGAACCAGCACCUCACCAUCCACUCGGUCAAACUAGUGAGCACGGACACCGAUCACCUCGUUAACUCAGUCACCAGCGAAGGAGGAGAACGCAAAAACUGCCCCUACUACUACAGCUGUCGAGUGUGUGGUUUCCAGACGGAGCUGAACGCCCAGUUUGUGAGCCACAUGUCGCUGCACGUGGACAAGGAGCAGUGGAUGUUCUCUCUGUGCUGUAACUCGUGCGAGUACGUGGGGGUGGACGAGGCCGAGAUGAAGGCUCAUAUCACCGCUGAACACUCAGGCCUGAAUUCCAGGAGUCCCCUGAGUGAGAGCAAGAGCACGUCUUCGUCUCUCUCGGCCCUCAGCGACUCCCUGAACAGCUCAGAGAGCGGAGACGUUACCCAGGGAAGCGAGGAACUCAAAAGCCUGUUGGCACCGCCCUCAUCUGCAAGCAGCCAAUCGAGCUUGAUAUCAGGAAUGGAAGAGAAAUCGGAAAAGGACGCGGACCAUGUACGAGCGGCACCUGCAGAUCCACCUGAUCGCACGCAUGUUCGAGUGCGACGUCUGCCACAAGUUCAUGAAGACGCCCGAGCAGCUCCUCGAGCACAAGAAGUGCCAUACGGUCCCCACUGGAGGGCUCAAGUAAGGAAAGCAAGUACAGCACGAGUUUCCUCUACCGCCUCACAAAUCUUAUUACCCCACCCCCCAUUCCCCACAACCGCCCUACAUUACCCUUGCCCAUCUGACCCAUCCCACCCACAACACAACCCUUGCACCCAGUUGUGAGCUCCCCCUGGAGUGCUGCUUUUGGAUCAGGCUAAUAAAAAAAAAAAAACUGACAGGAUUACAGGUACAACUUGCAGUAAGACCAAUUGCACCAAUUACCUGCUGUAUCUCUGACCAUUCCCACUGGAUCCCACAUAUACCCCCUGAACCUCCCACUCCCACAUUCAACACCUCAAUUCUCCACUUCUGCUUUUGGAGACACACUUGAUACUAUAUCAUUCCAUGGUCCCAGAGAAACUCUGACUAUUUAUACAUGGUUCUGACCACUGACCGUACAAACCCAGACCUCCCACUAGCAUUGGAAAUUAGCUGUUUCAACUUUUCUUGCACAGAGGGUGGCCUGGUGAAUUAGUCCGCUGAAUCAGUAAUUUGGUAGUUUGUUUUUGUAUUUCUGUUACAAAUGACCGAUAUCUGUAGCUCCUUUAAAAACAAUCCUAUCCACUCCUAAAAAACCUCUGAUCAGUUCAUCCAGUUUUAGAAACUCGGACCAAUCUCACCAGCUCCUCUGGAAAUAAAAAUUAAAGUAAAAACGUACAAAUCCCACCAACUAUAAAAGAAACCCUGACCAUUCCCCCUUUACAUUUACAAAUUCUGGCCAAUCCUACGCAUUCGAUUUAGCAAAUCUGACCGAUCCCACCACUUUUGUUUGCUGCCACUUUCUCAUAGAGCUACUUUUGCCUGUUUCCUCCACCCUAAAACCAGCUUUUCUUUCAGUACCAUAAUUGUCCUGGUUUGGCCUGGCCUGGCCUACCCCCUCACACCUAAUGACGAACAGCUUAUAUUUGGUUUAUCUUCCAGAUAUUUGGGAAGUGAAUACUUUAGCUGGUAACUCAAAUUUUAAACUAGAUUCAAUUCAACUUGACAUACAGUUAGCAUCUACGCAGAAGUGCAUAAGUGGUCUAUUUACAAUAAAUAGCAAUGUGGUAAAUGAGGAUAUGGGUCCAUAUGUACAGGUGAGAGGGAUUAGUGUACAGAACAUGCAGUAGGUAAUAAUAUAUUGUGUAUAUACUGUAGUUAUAUACUGUAUAAAUGCAACUGUGCGGAGGAGGAUAAGUCAAGAAGAUAACAUGGGUGGAUAACAGGAUAGCAUGGGUGGCAGAUAUCAAGUUCCAAUUGGGUGGCCUUAAGCUAACAUUUACAUUUACGGCAUUUAUGGCAAAGCAACAUUUUUCUCCCAUUAAUACAACUGAGCAGCUAUACGGGGUAUAUAAGUCCUUGCUCAGCGGCCCAGGAGUGGUAGCUUGGUGUGGUUGGGAUUUGAACUCCAAAGUUCAAUGCCUUAACAAACACACUAUUCAUUGUUCGAUAUUACGGUGCCAUUUAUAACUCCCAAACAUGUUUAGUUCCUAUGGCCACUGAUCAAGAAUAACAUUAUGACAACCUGCCUAAUAUUGUGUUGGUCCCCCUUUUGCUGCCAAAACAGUCCUGACCUGUUGCGCAUUAACAACAUAAACGUCAGCAGUUUGAGCUACAGCUGUUGGAUCGGACCACACAGACCAGACUUCACUCCCCACGUGCAUCAUUGAGCUUCGGCCGCCCACGACCCUGU